GCCCCCGCCCCCGCCAUGGGCCUGGAGCUGUACCUGGACCUGCUGUCCCAGCCCUGCCGCGCCGUCUACAUCUUCGCCAAGAGGAACGGCAUCCCCUUCGAGCUGCGCCCCGUGGAGCUGCGCAAAGGUCAGCACCUCAGUGAUGCCUUUGCCCAGGUGAACCUUAAGAAGGUGCCUGCUUUGAGGGACGGGGACUUCACCUUGACAGAGAGCGUGGCCAUCCUGCUCUACCUGAACCGCAAGUAUAAAGUCCCCGACCACUGGUACCCCCAGGAUCUACAGGCCUGUGCCCGUGUGGAUGAGUACCUGGCAUGGCAGCACACAACCCUGCGGAGAAACUGCCUCCGGGCCCUGUGGCAUAAGGUGAUGUUCCCUGUUUUCCUGGGUGAGCCAGUGUCUCCUGAGAUGCUGGCAGCCACACUGGCUGAGUUGGAUGCAACCCUGCAGUUGCUUGAGGACAAGUUCCUCCAGAACAAGGCCUUUCUCACCGGGCCCCACAUCUCCCUGGCUGAUCUGAUAGCCAUCACUGAGCUGAUGCAUCCUGUGGGUGCUGGCUGCCAAGUCUUUGAAGGCCGACCCAAGCUGGCUGCAUGGCGCCAGCGUGUGGAGGCAGCAGUGGGGGAGGAUCUCUUCCAGGAGGCCCAUGAAGUCAUCCUGAAGGCCAAGGACUCUCCACCUGCAGACCCGAUCAUUAAGCAGAAGCUGAUGCCUAGGGUGCUGGCCAUGAUCCAGUGAGCCGGGAAGGCUUGUCCCUGCUCUGCCCUUGACAGCUCACAAAGCACCUUCAUUUCCAAUGUCCCAUGGGAGUCAGGCUCUGCGGGCAGGAGUGAUUUGCCUGAGUCCCACUGCACCUGUGCUCCCCAGGUCAGGUCCCUACACCCACACCAUCUUGCACAGCUGCCUAUAAGCCACAAUGAGAAUGGAACAGCCAAAUCUUAUCCCCUUUAAUCACUGCAUUUUGAUUUCAGUUUGGAAAUAAACUUGGGCUUAGCCUGAGCCUGCGCUUCUA